AUGGCCAUGUCUGGUAAAGCAAUGAAGAAUAUGUUUGUUAAUGAAGACCUCUUGAACGAAAUAUUUGUCCGUUUGACUUCCAAAUCACUUGUCCGAUUCAAGUCGGUUUCCAAGGGCUGGCUGUCUCUCAUCUCAUCUCCAUCCUUAAUUCUCCGCAGACGACGACGGCGCCAGGGCUUGCUGAUUCAAAACUUAAGAAAUUCUAACCCAAUCAAUUUCAUUCCCCUGAACAGCAUCACCACCAACAACAACAAUCAUGUGAAUGUGAAUGUGAAUGAUGAUGAUUAUCCAGAUCUGUUAUUCUUCCCUAAAGUCGAUAAAAUCUAUUUAAUGACUUCAUCCAACGGGCUUCUAUUUUGUGUCGGUAAUAAGUGUCACGUCUUGAAUCCCACCACUAGGCAAUUCCUAACCGUUGUUAGACAACCAAACCUCACUCACUUCUGUCUGGUUGGACUUGGUUUGAUAUUCGAUCCAUCUAAAUCUAUUCACUACAAGUUGGUUUGUCUUUGGAAGAGCUAUUUUGAUUUUCAGGUGGAGAUUUACUCAUCUGAGACCAAAUCCUGGAAGGCUCUGCAUCAUUGUAAGUCACCCUUUUCACCUAAAAAUUAUAGUUAUCUGACUUUUUAUCCUGCUGGGAUUUACUGGAACGAUGCAAUCAUCUGGUUCCCCAAUGGCAAUGGGAAGAGUGAUUGUCUCAUCUUCGAUAUCGAAAAGGAGCAGGAGGAGGUGAGAACACUUCCGCAGCCAAACAGGGAUCAGUGGGGUGAUCUUGUGUUCUGCUUUGGGGAAUCGGGAGGACAUCUUUACGCAGUUGAAUGGUCUCGAAUCAGGUCGUCCACCAAAGCCUUUAGAGUAUAUGAAAUGAAGGAGGAUUUUUCCGGUUGGCUCCUCACCAAGUAUACCGGUAACCUAUCUGAUCAAAUCGAAUCCGAGUUUCGUGUAUUGAGCUUGGUUUGGACCGACGAAGACAAACCCUAUCUCGUUUUGGAUUUAGGGUUUCAGAUCGUAAGCUACAAUCUCGAGGAGAAGGAGGAUACAAAGAUUAAUGAGAUUUCUGGUGUUCAACCGCCUUUCUUUAAAGAAUCUAUACAAUUUAAUUUAAUUCCAGAUGUACAUCAGUAUGUUGAGUGUUACUCCAGCGUUUCACCGCUCUGA